AUGAUCGAGGAUGACAUUUACCGCACCUCCUCACAGUUCCGACUAUGGUCCUACACUGAAUCAUCUCUCAGCGCUUUACGUGAAAAGACAAAUAUAAUAGCAAGUGGGCGAGUACGAGCUGCCUUACAGAGAGCUCGUUCCACCCAACAAUCUGCCACGCCGUCCGCGACUGGAACACCCCAGCCAGGGAGCGAUGGCGAGACGAAGAAACCAACCGAGAAAGAGAUAGAGUGUUUGACACCAGAGGAGGAGCUUGUUCUGGUCCGAUACUACUGCGAGAAGACACUGGAGUUAGGUGAUACCUAUAAGCCACCGCUUCCAACAAUGGUUCGCGCGACUGCAAUCCAAUACCUCCGCCGCUUUUACCUAACCAAUUCUCCGAUGACCUAUCACCCAAAAUCCAUCAUGGCAUGCGCGCUCUUCCUCGCGACCAAAACCGACAAUUACUAUAUGUCCCUAAGGCAGUUCGCAGACGGAAUCCCCGGCGAUACAUCCACAGAAGACGUUAUAUCGCCUGAGUUUCUGCUCAUGCAAGGUCUGCGUUUCACAUUUGACGUCCGCCAUCCUUUCCGUGGACUAGAAGGUGGCGUAAUGGAGCUCCAAGCUAUCGCAGAAGGACAAGGCGCACCGGGACCUCAUCUUCUACACCAAACACCGCACCAACUCCUGCAAGGAAUACAAUCCAUUGCCCCCGCCCCAUUCCCAUCCUCCUCAUUAUCAGAUCGCAUCGCCCGCGCGCAUGGCGCAACCCGCGAGACCCUUAAAUCCGCUGCCCAAAUGACAGACGCCUAUUUCCUCUACACACCUUCCCAGAUUUGGCUCUCGGCCUUCCUCCUCGCCGAUAGACCCUUGGCUGAGUUCUAUCUUGAUACUAAGCUCGGUGGGCCCCUCACACCAACUACUGAUGGUAGUACGGACCCAUCAGAUCUUCAGAACCCCCUAUACGAACUGCGGAGUAAGCUUCACAAAGUCUUGACCGACUGCUCUGCUCUUCUACAGGCAUACACUACUCUCUCUUCGGACCCGAAUCAAAUGAAGGACUUGAAGAGGAUCGCCAAAAAGCUCUAUCACUGCCAGAAUCCCGAAAAGGUUAACCUGGCUCACAAGCGUGAUUCUGCGCAGCCGCAAGCUGUGUCGAGCCAGGUUACUUCUGAGAGUGAGUCGGAACGUCUGGCCAAGAAGCGGAAGUUGGAGGAGAAAGCACGGAGCGGCGCUUCGGAUAUCUUUGGUCCUGAAUUGGUCACGGAGCGGACUAAGCAAUGA